GAUGUAUAUAUAGAAUGCCGUCUAGUAUAACGUAGCUUCAGAUCUUACGUGUCUACGAAUGUCGUUGUCUCGGACGAUUUAAUCAAAUUUUGAAACAGAUUUCAAUAUUGUUAAGUAUCUAAUACGCUACGAAAUGGCAAAUGAAAAUUAUUUGAGUGAUCCGAACAAUCCAUUUUUCUCUCUCGAAGACGACAUUGACGACGAAACAUUUUUAAAUAGUGCUCCACCGAGAUCUGGUCACACAACUUACAAUCAAUAUAAUAAUUUUGACAAUGUUCUCGAACAAAAGCAUCAACAAUUAUUACAACGAAAGAAAGAAAUAGAAGAACGUACGAUACAAUCGACGAAAAGAUCUAUUUCGAUACUAAGAGACUCUGAACAGAUCGGAGCUGCUACUGCAGAGGAACUCAUUAGACAAAGAGAACAAUUAGAAAGAACAGAAAAGAGAUUAGACGAUAUUAAUAGCACAUUAAGAUUUAGUCAAAAGCAUAUCCAAGGAAUAAAAAGUGUGUUUGGAAGUCUUAAAAAUUAUCUCAGUGGUAAAUCAAUGGAUGCACCGAUACCAUCAACUAUAUUAUCAGAAUCUUCUAGCUCUGAAUCUAUGACAUCUCCUGCUCUAUCAAAUUCUUUAGAACAAGUACAAACUAAUAUGGCUAAUGUGAGCCCAGCACUAAAGUUACAUGGCCUGGAUAAUGAUGUAGAAACAAAUUCUUUAAGUAAUAACGUGAGCAAGGUAUUAGAAAAAAAUUUAGAUGAAAUGAGCGGUUCAUUAGCUAGAUUAAAAGGUUUAGCUAUAGGAUUAUCAGAAGAGAUAGAUUUACAAAAUGACUUGAUUGACAACAUAACAGAUAAAGCAGAAAAGACAGAUAUUAUGCUUCAGAAACAAAACAAAGAUCUUACUCAUUUAUUAAAAAAAUAAGUUAUAUGUACAAUACAUAAAAUAAAACAAAAGUGCUUAGUAUAUUAAAUUCAUAUAUUUCAAAUAAAUGUGUAAUAAAUAUUGCCUUAUUUAGCCAUAUCUAAAAUAUUUUAUAUAUGUUAUUUAUUUUGUAAGAUUGCUUUGAUGUUUUAUAAUAUACAAGUUACAAUAAUGUAAAACUUUACGAAAAAAAGACAUAAAGGAAAUACAAUGCACUUCCAUACUCAUAAUUAUUAUUUCAAUAUUAGUUUUAUCUUUUUAUACUUCGCAUAAUGUAAGAAAUAUAAAUUUAGAAUUAAAUAUAUUUUACAUCUUUUUUUCCAUUGUCAAAAAAAAAUUAUAUUUUUCAAAUUAAAUUAUUUCUAACUUUUCUGUUAAACUUAAUAAACUAAGUUUUAAUACACUACUUUUUAUAAAUUUUAUGUUAAUAUUUAAAUCACACUAUUGUAUUAUGUUUUGACUUUAUAUUUUAAUCAAUGGAUUAAGAAUGAUAUAAAAUACUGUGAUAUAAAAAGUCAGCUGUAGUGAAUAAGUCAUAAUAUCUUAUGACAACUCAGUGAACAUUGUUAUUAGAAAAACUAUAUAGUUUCUUAAAUUAAAUAAGCUUAUUGAAGCAAUCAAUUACACUUGAUGUAAAACAUAUCAGAAAAUGUACUUUAAAUAAAUUAAAUUAAGUAGUAAUAAACAUUACUAAUUAAAGAAGUAUAUAAAUUAAAGAAAAUGGAUUGAAAAACAUAAUUCUAAAAGCAAUGUUCUAUGUACUAAAAAUUGUUUUAAAUGUAACAAAUUGUUACUUGUAGUAGAAUAAUUUAUAACAAAUUUGCAUGUAGGCACUAUCUUGUAAAGAUAAAUAUAGCAAUACAUUAUAAAUCAGAUUAUU